AUGUCUUCGCAAGACGAGGAUAACGAAAACGAGAACCUAAAUCAGGGGAAGAAGAGGAGGGUGCAGCGCGCGUGCGAUGUAUGCCGCCGGAAGAAGAUUCGCUGCGAUGGCAGCCAGAUGCCCAACAAUCGGUGCUCGAACUGCGUAACGUACAAUUAUGAGUGCACGUACAUGGAGGCUGCGAAGAAACGCGGCCCACCCAAGGGGUACGUCGAGAGCCUUGAGAUGAGGCUGGAGAAAAUGGAGAAGCUGUUGAAGAAGCUGUGCCCCGAUGCCGACUUCACGCAAGAAUUAGGCGGGCAUUUUGACAAGGAAGCAUGGCUCACCGAGAGGGUCAUGAACGACAAAAACUGCAAGGUACCAUAUAAGACAACACCCCCAACAACUGUCAUGCCCGCCUCAACAUCGACGCUGCCCGAUCCCGCCAGUCCUGCAACCGCAGAAGACCUGGACCCCAGCGACGACGAGACGCUGAUUACGCAUAAUAUCCGGCAGAGCUUUGGCCGCAUGUCGCUCAAUAAAGCGCAGAUGCGCUUCUUCGGAAAGUCGAGUAGUAUCAUGUUCAUUCAGACCGCGAUGGACCUCAAGCACGAGUACACGGGCGUGGACACCCACGCGAGGCUCGGCCCAGCGAGCCACCCCGGCCUGCUGCACAAUCGUCCACAGUAUUGGACUCUGCAUCCUUGGUCCUCGUCAAUAAAGGACGAACCGUGUCCAUAUAAAGAUUUUCCAGGGCAAGAGCUUAUGAACAAGCUCAUCGAGCACUACUUCGUUAACGUCAACGAGUAUGCACCACUUCUGCACCGCCCUAGCUUCGAGGAAGGAAUCAAAAACGGCCUCCACUUGACCGAUGAGGGGUUUGGCUCUACAGUGCUGCUCGUGUGCGCGAUUGGUGCUCGGUUUAGCAGUGAUCCCCGUGUCUUUUUGGCGGACUACAAGGACGAGACGCAUUCAGCCGGUUGGAAGUGGUUUCAGCAAGUGCAAAUGAUCAGGAAGUCUCUGCUUGCCCCACCUCGUCUGUAUGACCUCCAAAUUUAUGCUCUUGCGGCCAUAUUCCUCCAAGGCACAUCUGCUCCACAAGCAUGCUGGACGAUGAUUGGCGUCGGCAUACGGUUGGCACAAGAUGUAGGCGCCCAUCGUCGCAAGGUCUAUAAUCCUACGCCAACAGUGGACGAGGAAUUGUGGAAGCGCGCAUUUUGGGUCCUCGUCUCCAUGGACAGAACAAUAAGCAUGAACCUUGGUCGACCAUGCGCAAUCCAAGACGAAGAUUUCGAUCUUGAUCUGCCACUGGAGUGCGAUGAUGAGUAUUGGAUGAAUUCUGAUCCAAAACAGGCCUUCAAGCAGCCUGCAGACAAGCCUUCGAGAAUAACUUUCUUUAACUGCCUGCUCAGACUAAAUCAGAUCCUUGCAUUUGCUUUACGCACGAUUUACUCGAUUAAUAAAUCGAAGGCAUUGCUAGGAUUUGUAGGGCAGCAAUGGGAGCAGCAUAUUGUUGCCGAGCUGGAUUCUGCGCUCAACAAAUGGAUCGAUUCCGUCCCGGAUCAUCUGCGCUGGGACCCGAACCGCGAGAACAUCACGUUCCUCAACCAGUCUGCGCACCUCUAUGCGAGCUACUACCAGCUGCAAAUUGUCGUUCAUCGACCCUUCAUCCCGACGCCACGCAAGCCCUCGCCGCUAUCGUUCCCUUCGCUAGCCAUCUGUACGAACGCAGCACGGUCUUGUACGCACGUGCUGGAUAUACAGUACCAACGUACUGGAAUGGUAAUGUUCGCUAACCAGAUGGCUGUCUUCAAGGCUGGCAUCGUACUGCUGCUCAAUAUAUGGGGCGGAAAACGCUCCGGGAUCAUGACCGAUCCCGAGAAGGAGAUGGCCGACGUGCACAAGUGCAUGAAAAUGCUGAAGGUGCUCGAGCCGCGUUGGCACACCGCCGGCCGGUUAUGGGAUAUUCUAUAUGAGCUAGCCACCGUCGGGGAUUUACCACUCCCCCAACCUACACCUCCGACUUAUAAGCGGGAACGAGACGCGGAUAGUCCGAUAUCAGUUUCUUCAGCCCCGUCACCGGCAACCUCAUCCACCGUGGAUACAGCCCAGCGGACCAUUGCUGGUUCAAAACGAGUAUCAAGGGAUGCAACAUCGGCAACCUCUGCAGCGUCCCCCAUGUUCACGCAAGGGUCACGACCAACGGUGCCAUUACCACCAGAUGUCAACAUGAUGUCCUCAAACGCGGUGAAUACGACUCCGUUCGAUCUUCCUAUCCACAGUGACGAACUGGGCCGGCUGCCAUUGCAUCCGGGGUGCAAUGCGCCCAGCAAUACCAACUCAAUAAUGCCUAUGAAUAAUGGCUGGUACAACGCCGCUUCGACUAGUACGAGGAUGUCGAGCAUGCCCACCAGUUUAGAGGCGGGGUCUUCAACAAGUGCUAUAGGCGUCCCACCUAUGGACACGUCACUUGAUCCCGCCAUUGCAUCGAUGUUCGCGAUGCAGCCAAAUAGCGUUUACGACCAAAUGUUCUCGGCACUGCAAGCACCGCUCUCCCCAGCGCCGCAAGAUUACCGCUCGCAUGUUGCCGCGUCCGGCAUGCACGACAUGGAUCCAAUGGCAUCCAUGCCGAAUGGCCGGUCUUAUCCCGACAACACGCUCGCGAUGUGGUCGUCGGCUCCCAGCGGGUUCGAAUGGGACGAUUGGGGCACGUAUAUUACGAAUGUGAGCGGAUCGGGCAACCAGAUGAACUCGUCGCGGCCUCCCGACGAGGGGUGA